AUGCCCUUCUUCACAACCCUCAAAACACGCUUCGCGGGCCAUCCUCUCCGUCUCCUCUCCACAACCAUCAAAACGAUCUUCAUAGCACACGUAUUCGUCUCAUAUGGCUUUUCACUCGUGCCCACAUCCGGAGCAUCCAUGCUACCCACUAUCGAAGUCUUAGGAGAUAUCGUGUUGAUCGAUAAGCGAUUCAGACGAGGACGUGGCGUGGUGGUGGGUGAUGUGGUGAGCUUCGAUUCGGUAGUUCAGCCGGGGGAGAGAGUGAUCAAGAGGGUCAUUGGUUUAGAGGGUGAUUGCGUUGUUAGGGAUACGCCGGGGGUGGGGGACGGAAUGGUUGUGGUUCCUGAAGGCCAUUGUUGGGUAGUGGGAGACAACUUACCUUAUUCUCGAGAUUCGAGACAUUUUGGUCCAAUGCCUAUGGCUUUAAUCAAGGGAAAGGUAAUAGCUAAGGUAUUCCCAUGGAGGGAGAGGAAGUGGAUAGAAAAUGGAUUAGAGGCUGUACAGUAG